AAAUGUCCGGGUCGCGCAAGGGAAUACCUGUCAGCAAUCGGCAUGUUGAUGUGGCAGUGCUGGCGUGCGUGUCCUUUGGAACGUGCACCCCAUCUAAGUGUAGUGGCACGUGAGUGGCUUGUGGGGGUGUCAGGUCGCGUCCUUUUGCUGGCCCUUCUCGUCUGCGCGUCCGUGCACGGUCGACCCUUUUGAUUGCUACUAUCGUUGCUAAAUUGACUGCAAUUGCGCUAUUCCGACAUUCAUCAGACUGAGAUAGUACUAUCAACUGAUUCGAAUCGGCUUGUUCCACGGAUUGAGAACAUCGGCGAGCAAUGUUCUCCCUGCCAUCGCCACCACAGCCGAGCACUUUCUUCGCCGCGACUCGACCUCAUUUCACUUCUCACGCGCCGCAGACACCCUCUCCGCUCCGGACCUGGAGGAAUGCGAAUCUCAUGCCCAUGCCGAUACCGACGCCGAAGACGACGGGAAACAAGGAGAAUGGAGGUUCUUCGCCGUUAGGAUCGUCGCCGUUGGGGAAAUAUGCGGAUGAGAAUGCCCGCCCUGUGGAACAAACGCCAGGCAGUCAGACACCAUACGCGUCGGGUUCGAAGACCAUUUCAGACACAACUUUUGUGUUCGGACAACAGACACAAUCACAGCAACAGCAACAUGUACAAGGACAAUGGGAGUCACGAGCACGCAGCAAUAGUCCUGCGGCGGCAUUAGCCAGACAUUCCGUUUCUGCGAGGGAGAAAAAGAAGAGCCAGUUCCUCGACCGGAUAAGACGCCGUCGAGAUGAUGAACGGAGCGAUGGUAUGGGCGAGCAGGUCCUGCGGAUGGACUUUGUGAGAGAGAGAAGAAUGUGGGAAGAUGAGAUGAGGAGGCGGGCUGUCGUCGAAGGUGACCUCGCGAUCGAUCCGAACCUGGAGAUGGAUAUUGAGGAUGAAGGAGAGGAUGCUCAGGCUGAGAUGUCACCCACGGAAGAGUUCGACCCUGAGCUGGAUGCUCUUGCGUAUCAAUAUCCGGAUGGCAAUGAAUUUCUGGUCGAUGAGGAUGAUGAGUAUGAUGAGGUGUUUCGGGAAAUUUUGCUCGCUGAAGAGACGGGUGUGAGUACAGAUACGAGACCUACAGAAGCCGUGCAUGAGUAUGAGGCUGGGAUGGAUCUUUCGUGAACGAGUCUGCGACGACCAUCGGGGUUUGUUUGAUACUGAAGCUGGCAUGAUGUGGAAAGGCAGGCAUGUCUAGACUAUCGACAUUAGAUUGGGCUGACGGUGUACGUUCGUAUUAUGGAGAUUACGACAGCCGGCCUCCAUGGGCUUGAUACCCAUUUGUACAGCGUUCACUGCUUGAAUUGUACCGCAUGUUGUAUGGAAGAUGACAUUCAACAUCGUGAAUAUGUGACUUGUACCUCGUCCUCUCCUCUCCUUUUCAUCAUUCGUUGCAACUGUAUGUGUUCCGCUCCAUAAG